GAGGCACUUAGAAUAUAAUGUUUUUCAGCAGUAUUUUUGCCUUUGUAUUUUCCAUUAAUAGAGAAAAAAAUUAGUUCUUUAAUGGAGAUAGAGUUAAGAUUACAAUUAAUUUUCCUGACUCCUUUGAGAACAAUAACAACGAAAGCCUUCUCUCUCUAGUAAACUGAUCUUUGACUAAACAUUUGACUGAACUGUUCCUUAGUCUCCUUAUUCUAUCCUUCUAAGUUCCUGAUGGUAGCAGGAGGGGAUGGAGUUAGGUUCUGUAUAAGCUUUCUUGUCCUUGUUGCCUUUGUUCAUGCGGAAGGUGCAACAGCUGCUGUGGCUUAUGCAUUUGUCUUAGUUGCUGCUUUACAUAGUCUAUGUUUUGAUGGUGGUUUAUCUUUCCGAAUAAUAACUGACCAAGUCAUCUGUCACUUAACUAUAAGUUUUAUAGUUAUAUUUUUUCCCUUUGGAUGUAUAUUAAAUUUAGACAUUUUAGUUUAGUUCUGUUUCUGUUCAUCUUCACACCAGGUCUUUUCUGUGCUUUAGGUUGAAUCUUCACCACACUGAAACCAUUAGGAAAAAUCCUUGUGGUUAACAGCAGAGGCUUCAGAGUGUAACCUGUACUCGGGCCUAGAAAUUAUAUUAAAUGGCGACUGAUACGUCUCAAGGUGAACUCGUCCAUCCUAAGGCACUCCCACUUAUAGUAGGAGCUCAGCUGAUCCACGCGGACAAGUUAGGUGAGAAGGUAGAAGAUAGCACCAUGCCAAUUCGUCGAGCUGUGAAUUCUACCCGGGAAACUCCUCCCAAAAGUAAGCUUGCUGAAGGGGAGGAAGAAAAGCCAGAACCAGACAUAAGUUCAGAGGAAUCUGUCUCCACUGUAGAAGAACAAGAGAAUGAAACUCCACCUGCAACAUCUAGUGAGACAGAGCAACCAAAGGGGGAACCUGAGAAUGAAGAGAAGGAAGAAAACAAGUCUUCUGAGGAAACCAAAAAGGAUGAAAAAGAUCAGUCUAAAGAAAAGGAGAAGAAAGUGAAAAAAACAAUACCUUCCUGGGCUACCCUUUCUGCCAGCCAGCUAGCCAAGGCCCAGAAACAAACACCGAUGGCUUCCUCCCCACGUCCCAAGAUGGAUGCAAUUCUUACUGAGGCCAUUAAGGCUUGCUUCCAGAAGAGUGGUGCAUCAGUGGUUGCUAUUCGAAAAUAUAUCAUCCAUAAGUAUCCUUCUUUGGAGCUGGAGAGAAGGGGCUAUCUCCUUAAACAAGCACUGAAAAGAGAAUUAAAUAGAGGAGUCAUCAAACAGGUAAAAGGAAAAGGUGCUUCUGGAAGUUUUGUUGUGGUCCAGAAAUCAACAAAAACACCUCAGAAAUCCAGAAACAGAAAGAAGAGGAGCUCUGCAGUGGAUCCAGAACCACAAGUAAAAUUGGAGGAUGUCCUCCCACUGGCCUUCACUCGCCUUUGUGAACCUAAAGAAGCUUCCUAUAGUCUCAUCAGGAAAUAUGUGUCUCAAUACUAUCCUAAGCUUAGAGUGGACAUCAGGCCUCAGCUGUUGAAGAAUGCUCUGCAGAGAGCAGUAGAAAGAGGCCAGUUAGAACAGAUAACUGGCAAAGGUGCUUCGGGGACAUUCCAGCUGAAGAAAUCAGGGGAGAAACCCCUGCUUGGUGGAAGCCUGAUGGAAUAUGCAAUCUUGUCUGCCAUUGCUGCCAUGAAUGAACCGAAGACCUGCUCCACCACUGCUCUGAAGAAGUAUGUCCUGGAGAACCACCCAGGGACCAAUUCUAACUAUCAAAUGCAUUUGCUGAAGAAAACCUUACAGAAAUGUGAAAAGAAUGGGUGGAUGGAACAGAUUUCUGGUAAAGGAUUCAGUGGCACUUUUCAGCUCUGUUUUCCCUAUUACCCCAGCCCAGGAGUUCUGUUUCCAAAGAAAGAGCCAGAUGAUUCUAAAGACAAGGAGGACGAUGAAGACGAAGACGAGUCAUCAGAAGAAGACUCUGAGGACGAAGAGCCACCCCCUAAGAGAAGGUUGCAGAAGAAAACCCCAGCCAAGUCCCCAGGGAAAGCUGCAUCCCUGAAACAGAGAGGGUCCAAGCCUGCACCUAAAGUCCCAGCUUCCCAGCGGGGGAAAGCUAGGCCCCUGCCCAAGAAAGCCCCUCCUAAGGCCAAAACUCCUGCCAAGAAAGCCAGACCCUCACCCUCAGUCAUUAAGAAGCCUAGUGGUAGUUCUUCAAAGAAGCCUGCAACCAGUGCGAGAAAAGAAGUAAAACUGCCUGGCAAGGGCAAAUCCACCAUGAAGAAGUCUUUCAAAGCAAAAAAGUAAAUUUUAUAGGAAAAAAAGGGUAUCAUGAUGAAAUUCAAAAUCUUAUUUUCUAAGGUCAGUGUGCAUUUUAGUUUGAUGCUUUUAAAACUACAUUGUUUUUCUCCCGUAUGAACAUUGUGGGGAGAGAAUAUAAAUAAACCAGUUUAGGCAUUUGUUAGCUUUAGGUGCUGUUCUUGGUGCCUGCCCCUUCCCUCAGUCAUUUUAAUUUCUGCAAUAAUCCUUGACUUUCCUAAACUAUGUAAUCUAUACUUGUCUUCUUUGCUCCCUCUACCGUGAACACCGUUCUUUUUUUUAUGGUCAGCUUUGGCUUUUUUUUUUUUCCCCCUUCCAGUUUUAUCUAAACAGUUGGAAAAAUUUUAUAUUGGUAGAAAGCAUCAAGAGCAGGAUGCUGGUCAGGUGCUAGAAGUAAAAAGGAGGCAGUAUAGCACUGACUGAAUUGUAAAUCCUCCUGCCUGGAGAUUUCAGUUAUAGCUAUAAUAGUUCAUCUUAUUUAUAAAAACCAUUCUACUAACCCUUUCUCUCCAACUAUAAACACAGAGACAUUUUAGCUUUGGGAAUUAACCAAAACCAGUAUGAUCUCAUUAGAUUCUGAAGAUGCACAGCUCCUUUGGGCCACUUUUCACAUUGAUCAAUUUACAGGUAUUUUUCACUGGCCUAGAGCAUUGCAUUCCCUUAACAGUAAGCACAAGUUCUUUACACCACUUGGUUUUUGACCGAAAGGGAAGUAUAGGAAUAUAUUAAAUCUGUGAUUUCUGGUGUUGCCUGUGUUACCAAAAAUGAGAACAUAAAAUCUUCUUGAUCAAAUGUUUAAAUAUAUUUUUUAAUAUUUGGAGCAUGAGUUGUUAUUUCCUGUUUGCCUUUUUUAUAAGGAAAUGUUGGAGAGUUACAUUGUUGCUAAUGUAGAAAUGUUAAGUGAAAAAACAUACAAUUUGCUAAAAUAAACUAGAUUCCAAAUUCAUCUGUGGGUUUUUUCCCCCUCCUUUCUUUCCACAGCACUUUUGAUAUCAAGCAAGUGGCUUCCUUUUUGAGAUAUUAAAAAAAAAAACAGAAAAAAAAGCAAAUGAAGCCCAACUACCUAACCCUUUCUUAUUUGUAUUUGUUUCAGUAUUGUGAAGUUGUGUUAAAUAGUAAUAGCUUUCUACUUGAGAAAUACCGACUUCCGGUUACCAUUUAUCUUCCCUGUGGCACUUGACAUUUUACUUGUCUUAAACUUUUUGGUGUAAUCUUCUGGCCCCUUGAGUGCUGCCAGAGGCAAAAGAUGUUUGUUUCAUAUUCAUUCCACUUGCAUUGUCUCCUGGGAUCCCUUCCUUAGCCUGAAGCACGGCUGGGAAAUGGACUUAAGAAGAUUGGCUUGAAUUAGGUCAUAAUCGUGUGAUCCCAUCAUGAGUUCAUUGGAAUUUGUGUUGCAUGUAAGGCAAUCUUUCCUGUUGUAAAUCUUCCUUUUUUAUGUACAUAUAUUUUGAAAAAUAUGAAUAAACAUGAAAUUUUAAAAGCUGCUGAA